AUGUUGAAGAUGAAGAAGUACGUGAAGCUUCAGAAGUGCAAGCUCCAGCAGGAUAAAAAGUCUUCUCGAAGACCCAAGUUGAUGGAGGAGGAGGAGGAGGAAGAGGAGGAGGAGAUCAACUACAAGCAGAGCCUGCAGAGGGAAAGAAUCAGGGCCGUUGAUCAUGGAGAUGAAGUUGGUGUUGGGCCCAACACCCCUAGGAGCACAAAGCUUAUGGAUUCAAUGCGCAAGCUGAUUUUGCAAAAGCAGCCCUCCAAUUUUGCUCCCAACAAAAGCAAUACUAUUAUUGCUUCUGAUCCGUAG